AUGGCUGUUGAGCUUGCGUUGGCUGAACGGGGGCUGGAGGCGCUUUUGGCCCCCGGUGCUUGGGGCGACAGGGACAAUGGCAGCGCCCUUUGUAUUCUGCAGAGGAUUAAGACACUUCAGGACAUUAUCAGCAAAGGGUUACAAAAGGAGUUUUGCUCAGUGCCGGUUAGCUUGGGUAACUGUAUCCCAUGGUUUGAGUCCUCUUUCCUUUCUUCAUCCCUGUUUGUAGUGUUCGGGUGCAUUUCUCAUGGCCGCGAUAGAUGGUCAGAUGUUUUAAUCACCUGUCUUCUUCUCUUGUUUCAGCCUCAAGGAAUAGGCUCACCCAGUGUCUACCACGCUGUUAUAGUCAUCUUCUUGGAGUUUUUUGCCUGGGGACUCUUGACGGCGCCCACUCUGGUGGUUUUGCAUGAAACCUUCCCAAAACAUACAUUUCUAAUGAAUGGUCUAAUUCAAGGAGUAAAGGGCUUAUUAUCGUUCCUCAGUGCCCCGCUCAUAGGCGCCCUGUCUGAUGUGUGGGGGCGAAAGUCCUUCUUGCUGCUAACAGUGUUUUUCACCUGUGCACCAAUACCACUAAUGAAGAUCAGCCCAUGGUGGUACUUCGCUGUUAUCUCCGUCUCCGGAGUUUUUGCAGUGACCUUUUCUGUGGUUUUUGCAUAUGUAGCAGACAUAACCCAAGAACACGAGAGAAGCAUGGCCUAUGGUUUGGUUUCAGCAACUUUUGCGGCGAGUUUAGUUACCAGCCCUGCUAUCGGUGCCUACCUUGGCCGAGUCUACGGAGACAGCUUGGUUGUGGUCCUGGCUACAGCAAUAGCCUUGUUAGACAUUUGUUUUAUUCUUGUUGCUGUACCAGAAUCCCUGCCGGAGAAGAUGAGGCCGGCAUCCUGGGGAGCACCCAUUUCCUGGGAACAGGCCGACCCUUUUGCAUCGCUGAAGAAAGUCGGCCAGGACUCCAUUGUGCUGCUAAUCUGCAUAACAGUCUUUCUUUCCUACCUCCCAGAGGCGGGUCAAUAUUCCAGCUUCUUCCUAUACCUCAGACAGAUAAUGGGAUUUUCAUCUGAAAGUGUCGCAGCUUUCAUAGCGGUCCUGGGGAUUCUCUCCAUUAUUGCCCAGACAAUAGUUUUGAGUUUACUUAUGCGAUCCAUUGGAAAUAAAAAUACCAUCCUGCUGGGCCUAGGAUUUCAAAUACUGCAGCUUGCGUGGUACGGCUUCGGAUCAGAACCAUGGUACGUGCUUUUACAUGGUCCCUUUUGGAUGCCUAACUGUGUUUCGCUUUUCCCAGGUGUUGUUCAGGGGAUGAUAACAGGAAUUCGAGGACUGUGUAAUGGCCUGGGACCAGCACUUUAUGGCUUUAUAUUCUACAUAUUUCACGUUGAACUGAAUGAACUGCCCAUGCCUGAAGCGCCGUCAGGAGGCGGCGCGGUCACGCAAUACCAUUUACAACAGAACUCUAUCAUUCCUGGCCCCCCCUUCUUGUUUGGAGCGUGCUCGGUGCUGCUGGCGCUGCUUGUUGCCUUGUUUAUCCCUGAGCACACCAACCUCAGCGUGCGAUCCAGCAACUGGAAGAAGCACUGUGGCAGCCACGGCCACCCCCACAGCCCGCAGGCUCCCGGCGAAGCCAAAGAGCCCUUACUGCAAGACACCAACGUAUGACAGAGCCAGGAAGAGCUUUCAGACUUUUUUUUUCCCCUCCAGCGGCCGUUUGGGAUACACAUUCCAAUUCCAUCAAAAAAUGUCAUUUCUUAAGGUAACCUUAAGAAGCGUCUUUCUGCAUGAAAUUUGUAGGAAUUUAAAAAAAAAAAAAGAAAGAAGGAAGUUUCUCCAAAGAUGUUGCCAUUGACUUAAUGACUUGCUUUUCAAACCAAGCUGUUACUACUUGUCUCUUGCCACGAAACACUGCUACUAUUAAUGUCACGUUCUCGUUCAGAGCCGGGGCAGAGCGGAGUCCUUCCCCUUCCUGCAGGUGGUGAGCUUUAACGCGAGCGGUGCUGCGGCUCUGGCAGCCCUGGGGACCCGGCCCUUUUCAUGCUGUACCAUCUCGGGUCAGCUGAUUCGAAGCCUUAAUGUAAAUGUACUCAGUAGGGAGGAGGUGAAUUGGUAUCCUUUAUUUUAAAAGUCAUACGGCAGGUUUUUUUUUUAAGUUUGUACUAAUAUAAAAAUCACACGAGCACGCUUGCUGAACAGUUAUUUUUAUGUAAGUGCAUUUACUCUCUAUUUUUGAAUAAGCGGUAGUAUCAAGCACUCGCUUAAGUAUUAAGUGGGUGUUUUGAGCCUACAGAUUUUAAUACUGGCUCUAAAACUCUGCUUUCCUAAGUACCGUUUAUUAUACCACUAUCUUUCUGAUGUUCGCGUAAUCAUAAAGGACCUCAAAACUUGAAUACACGACUGAACUAUGAGCUGAUAGCCUGGAGUGUGUCCGUGUGCUCUAUAGUGGCCUUGAGGACUGUCACAGCACCCCUUUUGCAUUACAGAGCUGAUGUUUUAGUCCUAAAUUUUCAGGACCCUUAGUACAGAAGAGAGCUUUAUACAAUUACUGAUGUGAAUUUCUCUAAAAGUGUAUAUUUUUGUGUCCAGUUGUAUUAUUUAAGUGUUCCUUUGUAUAAAUUUGUGUAUAAAGUAUUGUAUAGGUUUAAAACGUUUUCAUCUUGUGGUUAUUGCUUAAUGCUUUUUUACCUUUGAACAUUCACCAUGGUUGACCAAGAGCAGGAAAAAAAAGAAUAUGUAAAUAUACUGUUAAU